AUGAAUAGUGUAGACGUUUUAAAUUUGUUAGUAAACUUUAGUAAUAGUAAUAAUAUUAAAGAAUAUGAUGAUGAGUUAACUAGAAAUUUUUUUUCACAUAUUAUGUUAUUAUUAAUUAAGGAUGAAGAUAAAUAUGAAUUGUGUAAAGAUGUAAACAAUUAUCUUUUUGAUGAAGUCAUAAAAAAGGAAGAAGAAUAUAAAGGAGAUAUAAAAAAUGUAAAAAUGAACGAUGGGAAAAAGAAAAAAAAGGAGUGUGAUAAAAAGAAUGAUGGAAAAUACGGAAAUAACUUAGAAAUUAUAAUAUUGUUUAUAGAUUGUUUAUUUAAAAAAUGUUGGAACGAAUCAUUUUUCAAUAAUAAUAAUAAUAAUAAUAUAGAUAUAUCAUGGGUAUAUAAGUUAUUCCAAUUAAAAGGUGGAGAAAAAAAUAAAUAUUCUCGUAUUUUGUUGAAUUUGUUAAAAAAUAUAUUAAUAAAGAUACAAGAAGAAAAUCCGGAUUUUUCAAUUAUCAUUUUCUUAUUAAAACAUAUACAAAUAAAAAUACAAAAUCAUAUAAAAGAAAAUCAAGAUAAAAAUAUGUAUCUUUUUUAUGAAAAAUGGAAGAAUAAGCUUACUGAAUUAUCAUCAAAAGGUUUAUAUAUGUAUUCUUAUAAACAUUUAUUAGAUAACAUCUAUGUUAAAAAUCAAGUGUUGUCUGAAUGUAAUGAAGAUGAAAAAAAAAAUAUUAUAUACAACAAUAAUAAUGAUGAUAAUAAUAUAAAUCAUAAUAAUUCUGAAGGUAUAAACAAUAUAAUUCUUACAAAUAAACAAAAAAGAUAUAAGAACCUUUUAAGCACAUUCGAUUUAAACUUUGAACAUUUGUGUGCGUUAUUUGUUUUAUAUUUAGAAGAGGUAAACGGUAAUCAAAAUUAUAAGACGUCAACAUUUCAAAAUGAAGUCGUUGGUUUAUUGAAAAAUGAGAUAUCAAAAGAACAUAAGAUAAAUAUUGAUUAUGAUGAUGAGUCUAUAAUUAUGGAAUUAAUUAAUUAUAUUUUAUAUCAUAUAAUUUUGAUUAAUGAUAAAGACAUGAGAAAUAUUUUAAUUAAAGAUUUUUCUUUUGCCGUAAAAGAAUAUAUAUAUCCUACACAUGUAUUUACAAAUGUAUGUUUAAAUAUAAUUGAUUUAAUGUAUUUUUUUCUUACGAAUGAUAUGUUAGAAAAGAAUAUGGUUAAUGGUAAUGUUCCUAUUAUUAAAACGGACAAGAUGCGUAAUGGAAAUCAUAACAAUAUUAAUAAUAAUGUAGAUAUGAAAAAAGAUGAUAAUGUUGAGGAAACAAUUCAAAGUAAUGACAAAAAGAAGGUAUUUAUAUAUAAUAACGAGAAUGAAUGUAUUUUAGAUAUAUAUUAUAAAUAUAUGAUAAAUAUGUAUAACACAGAUAUAAAUAUAGAUGAAUAUUUAUUAAACGAUAUAUACAAUUUUAUUAUUUUAUAUAUAGAUUAUAUAUAUAAUGAAGAAUUUGUUAAAAACGGUCAUAUAAAUGAUAUAAGAUAUUAUUUUUUAUUAUUUAAUAAAGGAUAUAUGGAUGAAAAUGUUUUAAAAAAGUUGUUAUAUAUUUUUAAUACACUUAUAAAUAUCUGUCGUAAAACAACAACAAAGAAUGGAAAUAAUGAAAUGUCCCUUUUUAUAAAGGUAUGGGAACAUUUUGAAUGUAUUGUUAGAUGUAUUGAAAACUUUUCUGUACAUCUUUUAAAAAGUAAUUGGUUUAAAAUAGUAGAGCUUAUAAACAUUGUGAGUUCUAUAAAAGUUAUGUAUGAAAAAAAAUAUGAAGGUGAUAAGAAUAUUUCUGAUGUAUAUGAUGAAUAUAAUAAGGAUACAUACAUCCAUAGGAACCAUUUUGGAAAAAACAUAGAAAAAGAUAUAGAUAAUAAUUAUAUAAAUACAAUAAUACAUAACAAUGAAAAAAAUUUAUUUUUUGAUUAUUUGGAUUUUUAUAUUUUUCAAACAUGUGUUAAACGUAGUUAUAAUAAAAUGAAUACAUAUAUGAUGAAAGAUAAAAAAAUGAGAAAAGAAAAAAAUGAUAUGUCAUCUGAAAUCAAUUUUGUUAUAUAUAUAGAUUAUAUAAUAUUAAAAUUAAAUGAAUAUUUAAUUUGGUUAUUAAUCUUACAUAAAAAUGAUUCUGUUAUACGAUAUUCAUUAUGUGGAUUACUGGAUUAUGAAAAUAAAAAAAAUCUGGAAAUAUCUAAAAUACUUUCUAAUGAAACCAAUGCAAUUAAAUAUACCGAUGAUCCAUUAUUAUUAUGUAAUGACAAAAAAGAAUCUGAUGAAAAAAAAAUACAUAUAUUAACUUUUAUAAAUAGUAUAUGUGAUCAUUUCUUAUUUAAUAUAUUUUUUAUGCAUAUUGUUAAACCUACAUUAUUUAUUAAAGGCGAUAUGUUAUAUUACGAAUCAAGGAUAAAAAAUUUCAUAAUGUCUAAAAUAUUAUAUAAACAUAAGUAUGCUUAUAAUUAUUUAUUUAAAUUUAUUAUAUCUUUAGGUAAUAUAAAUUACUUUUAUAUUAACCUCAGAAUAAUUCUAGAGACAUUACUUCAAUCAAUAAAUAUACACAACAAUAAUAAUAAUAAUAAUAACAAUAUAUAUCAUCAUACAUUCAAUAAUAUAUUUACCUUUUAUAAUAUGAUUAUUAUGAAUAACGAAAAUACACAGACUUAUCAAAAUUAUUUGUAUAAAUUAAAUAAAGAAAAUAUAAACAAAAAUUAUUUUAACACAUUUUAUUAUCCAUAUAAUAUAUAUUAUAAUCAAAAUAUUCAUAGCAUUAUUAUUAAUAUUAUAAAAAAUGUUAAGAAUAUUUCGUUUAGUAGAAGAAAUAAUAUACUUUUUAUAAUUUUAGAAAUUAUUAUAAAAAUGAAUGACGCAUUAAAUAUUUUUACAAAUAUUAAAAAUUAUUGUAUCUUCUUAAAUUUAUUUGAAGAUUCCUUUUUCAUAGAACAUUUAAACAUUUUUCAAGAUAUUUUGAGUAUUAAUGAGAACCAUUUUUUAAAAGAUAUUCUUAGACUAAAAGAGCAAAAAAAUCAAAUAAAUAAUGAUCUAAUAAAUAAAACAUAUAAUAUAUAUAAUAAUGAGCAUACGGACCAAUGUAAUGAUGUGAUAAGGUAUCAAGAGACCAGUGGUAAAAUUACAAAAUUUUUGUUUAUUGAAAAUAGGAAAAAAGAAUUAUUAUAUAAUUUUAUAGAUUUAUUGAAUGAGCAUAUAUAUUUUAAUAAAUAUAUACAUUAUUAUGGAUAUCUACGAUUAUUUCAUUUAAUUUUGAUAAAUGAAGGACAGGAUAAUAAAUCAGAACUAAGAGAAGGAAUAAUACACCUUAUAGAAUAUUAUAAUGAAAAAUGUAAUAUGAAAAGUAACAAUGAUGAUGAUAAUAAUAAUAAUAAUAAUAAUCAUUAUCAUUAUAAUAAUCAUUGUAAUAAUCAUAAUGAUGAUGAUAACCAUUGUACUGGUUUGAUAUCCAUUCUAAUUUGUUAUAUUAUAAAAAAUAAUUUAUUUUAUUAUUUCAAUAAAUCAUGUGUCGUUAAAAUAAUACAUAACAAUAUAAAAAAAUUGAAAGAUAUUAUUUUUGAAAAUAAUUCAAUAUGUAAUGAAGAUAUAGAUACACACAAUAAUAAUAAUAAUGAUAAUAAUAAUAAUAUAACAUCUUGUUACAAAUUUUAUAAAUAUAUAGAAUCGAAUUUCUUAUAUAUGGAUACUUUGGAAUAUAUAAAUAUAAAUGAACAAUAUAUAUCUUCUCAAAACCUAAUUCAUUAUUAUAAUAGUGACUAUCCCCAUAAACAACAUAGAACAUAUAGGAAUGCUGAUACAUAUGUAAAGAAUAAGAUGAAUCAUGUUGUAUAUAAUGAUGAUGAUGAUAAUAACAAUUAUCUUGUUAAUAAUAAAGUAUUAACUUACAUAUCAAGAGAUCUAAAAAACCAGGAAUGGUAUUGUUGUUUUUUUAAUAAUGUUAAAGAAUUAUAUGAUACAUGUUGUGAUUAUUUGUUACUUACAAGAAAUAAAGAUAUCACAAAAUAUAAUAAUAAUAAUAAUGAUAAUAAUAAUAAUGAUAAUAAUAAUAAUGAUAAUAAUAAUAAUGAUAAUAAAAAUGGGUGUGAUAAUAUUAAAUUAGUAUUAGUCUUGUCGUUUUUAUCAAAUAUUUAUAAUAUAUAUAAUCCAGGAAAAUGGGAUAAAGAAUUAAAUUUUAAAAUACAAGAGUUAUCAUUAAAAAGGUUACAUAAUGUAAAAUUUAUACAUUCAAAUAAAUAUUCUUUACAUAAUUAUUAUGACAAAUUUAAUUAUUAUAAAUACAAAUAUUUUUAUAAUUGUUUUUUUUGUUGUGGUUCCUAUAUAUCGUUAAAUGAAGAGGAGAUGUUUAUGUUUUGUGAAAAAAUAAUAAAUGAUAUUGAAAUAUGUAAAGAUGAAUUAGUGUAUAUAUAUUUGAUUAUUAAAAAUUAUAUGAUACCAUAUAUAUAUACCAAAUCUAAUGAUAAUAUGAGUACAUCUAUAUAUAAUAUAAAUCAAAUCAAUGAAAAGAAAAUGAUCAUUUUUAAAUUGUUGUUUAAACAAAGUGUUAUAUUAGUUGACAGAUUUUCUGUUUGUAAAUAUCCUAUUCAUUUGUUAGAAUUAAUAUUUUUAACUUUAUUUCAUCCGUUAUUAAUAAGAUUUGAGAUAAAUAAUUUUAUUGACAAGCGAAAUUACGAUUCACAUAUUUACAACGUAGGGGAAAAUGAUAUAAGAGAAAACAAAAAAGAAGAAAUAUAUAAUACAAAAAAUGGAAUAAUAUGUACUAAGGAAAAUUUUAAAAAGGACCAAGAGAGCAUAUCGAAUGAUAAAUAUUGUCCUGAUGAAAGAUAUCAGAAAUGUUGUAGCAAUAUUAAAAAAGAAAAAUAUACACAUGGUGAUAAAAAAAAUAAUGAUAAAAAGGAUAAUGAUAAAAAGGAUAAUGAUAAAAAGGAUAGUGAUAAAAAAAAUAAUGAUAACAAUAAUGAUAACAAUAAUGAUAACAAUAAUGAUAACAGUAAUGAUAACAUUAAUGAUAACAAUAAUGAUGAUAAUAACAUUUAUAAUGAUGACACAUACUUGUUAUUAAAUUAUGUACGUAAAAUUUUAGAGAACGGGAAAACAAAACUUUCGAUAACAAGAAAUAUUGUAAUACCCAUGUUAACUUCAUUCUUUUAUAAUUUAAUUAAUUAUGAUGAUAUAAUAUAUGUUAAAAAAGAAUAUUUAAAUAAUUUUAUAGAACUUAUUGUUGAUAUUUUAAUGUAUAAAGAAUAUGUUCUAUUAGAUGGGAAAAGAAAUUUUACAAAUGAAUCUUUUAAAAUAAAAAAAAAUAAUAAUUUACUUUUAAAUAAUUUUAUAAAUGAAAAUAUUUGUAAUUAUCUUAUAAACAAAUUAGAAACGAACGAAGAAAUAUGGUUUCCUCCUGAACUCUAUGAAAUCCAUCAUACUCCUAUAUUUUUAAGAAUAUUAACAUUAAUAUUUUUAAUUAAUUUAUUUAAUAUUUUAGAUUCCACAUAUCUUUCAUCUAUAAAGUUAUGUACGACAAGAGAAGACAAAUAUGAAAAAGUUUCUUUUAAUAAAAAAAAAAAAAUGAUUUUAUAUAUCUAUGAAACAUUAAUUAUUUAUAUUUUAAAAAAAAUUGAUAACAAAAAUAUUUAUCAUAUGAAUAACAAAAGUCCUAAUAUAAUAAAUAGUUCUAAUGAUAAUAAAAGUUUUUUUAAUAUACAACAAAAUAAGGAAAAAGAAAAAAUACCUCCUUUACCAUCUUCACAUGGACAUAAUAUUCAACUCAGAGGCUUACAAGCUUUAUGUAUGUUAAGUAAAUAUUUUAAACAUUUAAAAAAAAAGAAAAGAAAAGAAAUUAUUUCUUAUAUUAAUAUUAUACUUAUCUAUGAUCAUUUAAAUAAUACUCGUCAAUAUUUAGAAUAUUUUUGUCUAGCCAUUAGCCAUUCUUCUUUUGUUUUGAUGUAUCCAUAUUUAAUAAAAUAUUUAUCACAUGAUAAUGUAAAUAAUCAGCUUACCAUAACAUCACUAAUUAUAUGCGCUUACUUAUUUUUAAAAUCGAAAUUUUCUUAUUAUUCUUUUGAACAAUUAUAUAUUAAUUCUUAUGCACAAAUUUGUUGUACAAAGGAAAAAAAAAAAAAAAAAAAGAGUGUUUUAACAAAAAAUGGACCCAUCCUAAAUAAAAAAGAAAGGAAAUUAAAGAGAAGGGCACAAGGGAAGAAAGUAAAACAUAUUAUUAAUGAGCUUGUGAAAAAAAACAAAAAUGAUAUCAAUGGAAUUGUUCAAGGUGUGAAGAAAAUGAAAAAUAUGAGCACACAUAAAAAUGAUAAAAAAGGUUAUAAUGAUUAUGUUACAAAUAAUAAUAUUGUACAUAAUUUUGAUAAUAAAAAAUAUGAUAAUAAAAAAUAUGAUAAUAAAAAAUAUGAUAAUAAAAAAUAUGAUAAUAAAAAAUAUGAUAAUAAAAAAUAUGAUAAUAAAAAAGGUAAAGACCAUAAUUAUAAUAUGAUUAAGGUUGAAAUGGUGAGAAGAAAAGAUUCUUUUAAAAAUAAUGAUUUAAAAAUAAAUGAAGACAAAAAUGGUGACAUAUGUAAUAUUUCUAAUGAGAAAAAGGAAAGAAGAAAAGAUAAUAUACAAAAUGAUUAUUUUUAUUCUGAACAUAUAUUUAAGUGUUUAUUAAAAUUAUUAUAUGGUAUUAUUUCUUUAUGUUCAUCUCAUUCAGCUAUUAUAAGAAGUAUGGCACAAUUUAUUUUAUAUAAAUUUAUUAAAAUAAAAGGUACUUCUCAUUUAAAUCCUUUUUUUUCAUCUCUUUUUUCAUAUAUUAAAUAUAAUAAGGAUUGUAAAAGAAUAAGGAAAAAAAUUAAAAAUCAAUUUAAUUAUUGGAACGUAAGCUUUUUUGAUAAUAUACGUUUCUUAUUACCUACAGAAAAUUAUUCAUAUAAUCAUUUUGAUGAAGAUAGGAAUUAUAAUAAUGUAAAUACAUUUGCUCAUAUUCUAUAUAAUAACGAACUUGUAAUGUCAUACACCUUUUUAGACAAAUUUAAACAAAUCGUUCAACAGGAAAUGUCCUUUAUGAUCUUUAAUAUUGAUUUAGAAAAAGAGAAACAAACAGAUAAAAAUUUUAAAUUGAAUAGUGAACAGAAUGUGUCGCUAAAUAUGAUUAAUCGUAUAUAUGAACACAACAUCAGGACACAAAUAGAAAGGGUACAUGACAAAGAGGGAUCUUCUAAAAAUGUGUACUCUGAUAGUACAGAAGAAACUUUUAUGAGUUAUGAUAAUAGUGUUGAUAUAAAAAGUGAUGAUGUUAAUAAAAAGAGUGACAGUGUUAAUAAAAAGAGUGACGGUGUUAAUAAAAAAAGUGACGGUGUUAAUAAAAAAAGUGACGGUGUUCAUAAAAAAAGUGACGGUGUUCAUAAAAAAAGUGAUGAUGUUCAUAAAAAAAGUGAUGAUGUUCAUAAAAAAGGUGAUGAUAUUGAUAAAAAAAGUGAUGAUAUUGAUAAAAAAAGUGAUGAUAUUGAUAAAAAAAGUGAUGAUGUUCAUAAAAAAAGUGAUGAUAUUGAUAAAAAAAGUGAUGAUGUUCAUAAAAAAGGUGAUGAUAUUGAUAAAAAAAGUGAUGAUAUUGAUAAAAAAAGUGAUGAUAUUGAUAAAAAAAGUGAUGAUAUUGAUAAAAAGAGUAACAUUGCUGAUGAGCAUAUACCAAUUAAUUAUAAUGAAGGAAAUAAAAAGAAUAUAACAAACAUAUCAAGUGAAAUAAAUGAUGAUAUAAUUAUAUUAGAAAAUAUUUUAGAAAAGAAUAAGAAUAAUUAUCAGAAGAAAUUUGAUCCAAUUUCGAAUAUUAUAGAAAUACAUAAUGAGUUUAGAAAAAAUUAUUUAAAUAAUAAAAAAAAAAACGAUUUAAUAGUUAUAGCAUCAUUAAUUGAUAAAUUACCAAACCUUGCUGGUUUAUGUAGAACAUGUGAAAUAUUUAAUGUCAAGAAAUUACUUAUAGAUAAUAUAAAUAUUAUUAAAGAUUAUCAAUUUCAAAAAAUAUCAUCAACUGCUAAUAAGUGGAUGAAUAUUAAAGAACUCAAAAAAAGUAAUAUCAUUAAUUAUAUAAUAAAAAAAAAAAAAAAAUAUUCUAUCAUAGGAUUGGAACAAACUCAUAAUAGUCAGAAAUUGAAUCAUUUCGUUUUUCCUAAAAAAUGUAUUCUCAUCUUAGGAGAUGAAAAAGAAGGAUUGCCUUCUUCUAUUCUUAUGUUCUUACAUCAUUGUAUAGAGAUACCUGGUCAAGGAAUUAUUAGAUCCUUGAAUGUUCAUGUUUCAGCAGCCAUCACUAUUUAUGAGUAUUUCAAGCAGCAACUAUAA